GACUGCAGUAGAAGGCUGUGUGAAGGGACCUGCAAUCAGUGAACUCUCAGCAGCCAACAGUCCUGCAUGCAUUCCAGUGAUUCUCAUUCAACAAGUGGAGAUUAAUAUAGUGGAAGUGUGGAAGAUUUGGGUAAAUACAACAACAUAUAUGUUGUUGUAUUUAACAGGGUUGUCCUUAAAGCAAAGGAAAGUGUAGGAUGCAGUGUGUGAGAUGCUGGCUGCUAGCAGCGACCCUGGUGCUGCUCAGUGUGGCUGGAGUCGACAUGGAGUACCUCCAAGCUGAGAACCUAAAUCUUCUUCCCCCUGAUGAGCAUAACUUGGUCCUGAACGGUGGAAUGAGAGUGCUGCCCAGAGACUGCCAUGAAAUGCUGAUGACAUCUUCGGGCAAGGCCAGAGACGGGGUUUACCUGAUCCAACCAGGUGACCUCCGAAUCGUGGCCUAUUGUGCCAUGCAGGAGGGAGGCUGGACCGUGGUGCAGCAUAUCACCGUCAAUAGCAGUGUGGAUUUCGAUCGUACCUGGGCUGAGUACAAGAAUGGCUUUGGGGCUGUAACUGGUGAUCACUGGCUCGGAAACGAAUACAUUCAUCAGCUCACCCGUGGCCCUGGGCGCUACAAACUGGGAAUAAAACUAGUGGACCAAGAGGCCGUCACUAAGACGGGGGAGUAUGAUCCAUUCCUGGUGGAGGGUGAAUCAUCAGCAUACAGGCUGAGGCUGGGCUUGUUCCAGGGCUCAGCUAUUGACGCUCUGACCCUGGACACAGAGAACUACCUGCAUGACAACCAGAGGUUCACCACUAAAGACAGAGACAAUGACAACUACUUCCAAAAUUGUGCUAAGCUGGAGUUUCAGGGGGUGCCGGGAGGAGGUUGGUGGUACGACGCGUGUGCUGGUGCCAACCUCAAUCGCAGAAAUGUUAUCUACUGGCAGAAGGACUGCAAUAAGGAGCGACUGUGCAAGUAUGCAUGGAUGAUGGUGAGACCUUCAGACACAGUUAAACUGAUUCAAAGUCGAGACUGCAAGAAGGAUGAGCUAUGAGAAACCAGGAUUUGGCAACUAUUGAGGGCCAGGAGUUUAGUUUUUUUAAGGACAUUUUCUUUGUGCUGGACAUGCAAUUUACCACUUUUAUUCAGAAAUGCAUGGACAGGAUCACAAAAUACUGAAAAGAACAAAAAAGAAUCACAAAAUUGAAACACAGUAUAAAAAUGCAGUACAUUUUAGCUGUAGCUCCAUUGAUCACCAUGUCAAUACAUGAAGCAAAAGGUCUCAUAACUCCCCAAAUUGCAAGUGCAGAUUCAUCACAGUUACAAAAAGUGUUUCAUGACAUUAUAGCUUAUGACACAUGUACAUUUUUUUCCACGUCAUCUCUGAUCCAACACGAAGGAACAUUUCACAAAUAGCAUUUUAUUUGCCACAGUACAUUACACGUUUUCCAGAAGUACAAUGAAGAUAUGAUGACAUAUUUACUAAGCUACAUUAAUUCAGAGGAAGAAAAUACUAUAUUUGAACGCAAAAAAAACAUCCUUUAAAAGUUACAAUCUUGAUUAUGCAAGCAGGUUCUGACCUUAGGAAAACAUGUAAAGCAACUUUAAAAUGUGCAUUCUCAAUACAAAUAAAAAAUGUAAAUACCAACAGAA